GUCAAGCUUUGCAGAGUGUACAAACUGAGGCACGACUGAGGGCCCAAGGUCGUUCCUCAUAUCCUCACCACCACUAUGAUCUCCGCAGAAUCGUCAUAUACUCGCUGGGAGACUCUCGAAGACGAGCAAGUUACAAUUAGUGAUGUUCAGGACACUCUUGCCCCAGCCAACGACGACUUGUGGGUGGCAGCUGCUUGCGUCGACCGGGUCGUGAGCGACGAAGUAGUUCAGCGUUCGCUCAUCGAGCUUGGAAUCAAGCGAACGAGCGCAGCCGUGGAGAGGUGCAAAGAGGUCCUUCUCUUACCCUCUAGGGCUCCUGGCAGUUCUGACGCUGUAAUUGGGCCUAAAGAACUGCUUAGCGUUUACUUCACUGAUACACCUGAAGAUGCACAACUGUGUCACAUUCGGACUGCUCUACUUGCGCGCCUGGACAGACUGAACUCCUUCGCUGAGAUCUACAAGGAGCUUCUGGCGAAGAAGAAAGACGAAGAAGACACGUCAGGUAUCGAUGAAGAAUGGGAAGAUGACCCUUGGGAAGAGGAAGGGGAAGGUUCCAUCAUUGCUCACGCAGCAGGCCCGGCCCAGCCUCCUAUACCGCUGCAGGACUUUUUGGCGGAAGACAUGCUGGAUAUGGCAUGCUUCUUCGCCUCGCAGGAGUGUUUCGACGCUUUACGAACUCUUCUAACAUACCACCACUCGUAUUUGUGGCCAUCCCGCUUUGCCAUUCUGGAAAGUAUACCAUGUCACUCCAACCCUUCCGGCUAUCGUGACUUUCUUCCUGCCUAUGACGCCGUCACAGACAAAGAGCUCGCAAGUCCGUUACGCAGAUGGCGGACGGAAGAAGAUUGGGUAGAGUCAUCACAGGUUCAAGCUGCCCUUUCACAAACGAAGCUCCCAGCUGAAUUCGAACCUCUGCAUCCCUCUUCAGCCAACAUUGCUUCCCAAGAAAGUCAGCUGUUGUCUGCACAACAACUGACUAGUUGGUACCAGAAACGUGUUGACCAGGUCCUAUCAUCGACAGGCAUGGUAGACAUAGCACUUUCCCUUGUGCAACAUGGUGGCUCGCUAGGCAUCCCAGACCUUGACGUCCUAGGAGAAGAUCUGAGUUUGAUGACCCGGCUGGUUUACGACAUUCCUCAGGCCUGGACUCAAGAUGAUGAAGAUUGGACUUUAGCGCGCUGGCGAAGCAUGGAACCGUCCCAAGUUGUGGGCGCAUAUCUAGCGCAUUCAACAGCAGACUUCAUAGCUAAGGAUAUCUCGCGGUUAAUCAUGCCCUAUCUCUUCGUUUUGGAGUCGCGGUCGGAGCGAGCGGGUCAGCCUGACCCAGAUCUUCCCGACCGUCUUCUUCAUAAUUACGUUCUUAGUGCACCCUUGGAUAUCGUCGCGGCAAUCAUGGAAGCCUCCAAACGAACAUUGCUUCCUCCGCAAAGAGUUAUCAAGAAUGAUGAGGACGUUGCACGGCUUGCUCUGGCUUGCCUUUAUGGCAGCAAUAGCCUCACGGAGUGGAUGACAAUGACCCGGAUUUUUGAGUGCCUUCCCGCAUGGGAAAUUGGCCAAAGCCCCGAAGAUGAAUCAGAUGAAGCAGACGCUACGAUCGUUUCUCUUGGAGAAUUUGUGACGCCAUCCACGGCGCACCCUCAGUGUGGCCCUGCAGAUCUAUUAUUUUUCUUCAAACCUCUUCCAGUUGCCUCGCUUUCACGCGCGCUUGACAUUCUCGACGUUCAUCUUGAAUCCGGAGAGAUAUUCGCGCGGUGGAACGUUCCUGCACCAUUACGUUGGUUCCUUCAGAGUGCAGGCAAUGUCACAGAACAGCGUGCCUGGGCCAACAGGAUGGCUCGUCGCACUGGUGCCGCCGCCGACAACCUUGGGGAUAUGGACGAGUGGGAAUCGUUGCUUGAUGACAUGUUAAAGCUUUGUGGGAGGAAUGAAUCUGGUGUGCCGAGUGCCUUCGGACUUCUAACGGAAGAAGAGAUAUCAUCUAUAUUUUUCAGCGGGCUUCUGAACUCUGGCCGAUUUGAUAUCGCCAAGGACCUUAUUCAUUCCAAGCACGGCAAGCUAGCCCUUAAUGCAUCUCAAAUAGAAGAUCUCUGCCUUGCCGCAUCACGCGAGUUCUAUGAUAACGCAAGCUCUGCUAAUUACAAAAUUGGCGACAUGAAGCUUGCAUAUGACUGCUUAGACGUUCCUGCGCCAUCUCCGCAGUUAAAAAAGGAGCGAGACUUCAUCGAAGCCACAUCCCGCCUCUCUUCAUUCAACAUCAUGUCUCGACCAGGAAUUCCCAUUUUGCCCAUUGAGAUACGACUCACCAAAGACCGCCUCUCCCUAAUCUCUCGCGUCCUUUCGAGCAAUGCAGACGCUUACAAGCAUACGCAAGUAAUGCUUGACCUCCUUCACAAACUCGGGUUCCGAGACGACAUCGUUGCCGAAGUGAAGACCCUCGCAAUGAUAUCUGACGCCGCAUUACAAGCGGAGGAUUUCACGCGGGCGUUCGAUACAAACCAAAAAAUGAUUGACGUGGUUUUCAAGCUUCGCUCGGCUACAUCAUCAGGAUCAGAGGACCUACGACUUCAAGAGGCCAGCGAAGUUUGCUGGCUAGCCUGCUUUCAGCUUGGGCGGCAUCCAGAAUUCCCAGACACUGAACAGAAGCUUACGCUUAUGGGCCGUGCGCUGGAGCUGUGCCCAGCAGACAAACUGAAUGACAUUUUGGCCCCUUGGCGGCGAAUGGAACAGGAGUAUUUGGAGGUGCGCAAGGAAAGACUUGCCGAUCACUAUCCCCGUCCGAAAGCUGCCGCGACAAAACCUGUCUCUUCCCUACAAUCACGCUUAAACAAUCUCCACGUGCCCACAACUCCCCUUCUUAAUGCCGAGGAUGCGGCUGCCCUCGCUGGUCGAGCCUUUAGUCGUGUGGCAUCUAAUUUUCCCUUCAGAGUCGGUGGACGCGAGCGUUCUGAGAGUCGUGAGGGCCCAGCUAGGUCGGGAAGUCGAGACGAAAGCCACCGCAAGCUGGAUGGUGAAGAUGUCUCCCAUCAAGCAAGCCGAGCACUUCAACGAGGCAUUGGCUGGCUGCUUGGGGCGGACGAUGAGAGCUGAGCUGGUCGAACUCUUAUAUACAUUGGACUUUUGGGCAGCUAGACUGUUUCUAUCACAUACAUCCGUUUGCGAGAAAACAUAGUUAACAAUAUACAGUAUUCAAAAAGGAUAUGCGCGUUGAGAGGUAUAUGAACUGGACUGAACUGGGAGCAAAUCAAAGGUAUCAACAAUGAACGACGAUGGGGAAGGGGCCAGAAGGAAUAUGGUAAGUUACUGAUAAGUUUAUAGGACGA